CGACAACGAUAAUGAUAAUUCCGGGUUUAAUUUGCCCUACAUUUGUGCUUCCAGGUAAUUGUUCAUGCAAAACUGAGACACCGAAAGCAUGGACUGCAGACCCUUCGUCUUUUUUUUCUGGACUAUCCUGCGCAUUUAAACUUUUAAUGAACUUCCUCACUUCAUCAGUUACCCAAAAUGGAUUCUACCAGGCAAAAACGCAAGGAAGAGAUAAGCAAAGCUCUGACAUUCAUACAGUCUUCUCUUGCUUAUCCAGAGCCUGAGGGCUACCAGGACUUCCUCACGAAGUUGGUGUGCAACCUGCUUGAUGAGGGCAACUCCUCAUUCAAAGACGAACACUGGGAAGAGGCGGUGGGAGAGUUCACCGAAGGCUUGAAUGUUGCAGAUUAUGCUGCAGCAGAGAAGAUCCACAUCCCUGAAGCUUUGCUGGAGAGCCUGUACGUCAACCGCGCUGCUGCCUACCACUCUAUGGGCAAAUAUGAUCAAGGCGUGCAGGACUGUAACAAAGCUCUUGGCGUGUGUAAGGAAAGCCGCAGGGCGCUGUACAGGAAGGCCCUCUGUUUGAAGGAGCUUGGGCAAUACAAGGAGGCCUACAACUGCACCACUGACUGUCUGCUCGCUACUCACUCGGACAAACGGGUGAGUGACCUUGCACAGGAGCUGUCUGCCCAUCUGGGACUGAAAAAUCGUAAACCCUACAUCACUACAAAGAAAGCUGUAAUUGUCACAAAUGGUAAUGUGCCUGCUGAAACUGUAAAGGUGUCGAGUAUGUCUACAGGAAAUGGUGUGAAUCCACUCCAUGGAAUUGCACCAGCCAGUUUUACAAGUGUUCCGGAGACCUCCAUUACAUCUCUCAGCCACAUGGAUGUCCCCUCAGUAUUGGACACACUGGACACCCUGGACACCUUGGAGGACUCUGAGCUGAUGGGGGAGGACUUGGAUAGCUUGCUUGAUUGUUUCCCGAAUGAGCACGAGGAAACUGAGACCCUUUUGAAAACCGCACUUUCAGACAACAGCACGAAAUCCACUGGCAAGUGCCCUGUCUCCUCCGUCCUGCCUGCCCCGACACCCCAGCUCCCCCCGGCCUUCUUCAACUCUGCUGUUAGUCAGCUUAACUCCUUAGACACCUUUUCAGGUGGUGAAAGCAGCACCCCAGAGUCCACCUUAAAGGCCCUGGAUGCCUUAGAUAGCUUCUCUGAUUUUAGAGGGGGUGUUGCUGCUGCACCUUUAGAACUGGCCUCGGCGGCACUGGAUUCCCUGGAUGGGCUUGAUUCCUUGGAUGACUUCUUGGAUACCACGCCAAGUGCUGAUACUACACUGGAAAUGAAUGACUCUCAAACAAAAGUGAAACCAGAGGAAAAGUCACUUGAUGAUUUGCUGGAUGAACUUGAUGUGUUGGAGCCAAGUGGUCUGAGUGCUCCUAAACCUAACCAAAGUCCUGUGGAUCGACUGGACACACUCGAUGCCUUGGACGUGUUUCCUUCAUGUGUUAGUAAAACUUUUCUGCCAGCUGGGAAAAGAAGCCUGGACUCACUUUCCAAGUUCAACUCAGAUGGUCUGAGCAAGCGUCAUAGUGCUACCGCCACAACCGCAAAAUCGCCUCACAGUGAUUACAAAGAGAUGCCGAAACAAGCAGUGGGGGCACUUUGUAAUCCUCUGGCUUCUACCCACGACUUCAUGCAGGCCUGUUCCCUGUGUUUCCCACGCCAAGGUGCAAGCAUAUAUAGUUUUGAUCACAAACCAGAACUAGUACACAGCUGCAAGAGAGACAUUCUUUUAUGUCGUAAGAAGGUUGGCUACCCUUCAGAAUGGACCAGAGUGCGCAUACGUCCCAAAUGGACCUCCUUCAGUGGGCCCUUUGUGCUGUGUAGGGAGCUGUUGAAGUCUGGCGAGGUGGGCGUAUGUAAGUUUGGUGAAAAAUGCACGUUUGCCUUCAACCAGCUGGAGAUUGAUGUUUGGACUGAAGAGAGAAAGGGAACACUGGAUAGAAACCUGCUGUUUGUACCAGCAGCCAUCAAACUAGACCCGGUCAACAACAUCAUACGACUUCUGCAGGAACACAAGGGCACGUUCAUUUUCCUCUGUCAGAUAUGUUAUGAUAAUAAACCUCGCAUCAUCAGUAACCGCUGCAGAGACACACCCACCACCUGUUCCAACUUUGACGCUCGUCACGCCUUCACUGCCAAUAAGUGCUUAGUUUUUGUGGUGAGAACUACCAGUGUCAACUACAAUAAGAUCCGUCCUUUUCCCAUCCCGUGUCGCAUGGAUUUGUGCCACCACGCCAUCCGUUACGGCUGCCAACGAGAGGACAACUGCCAGUUCGCCCACUCUGUCAUUGAACUGAAAACGUGGAGGGUGCAGCAAGACACAGGAAUCAGCCAUGAGGAGAUUGUGGAAAUAUCCCAAAAAUAUUAUGAAAAGCAAGAAUACAAGUCUCCGAAACAUAAAGUGAACAAAGUCUUGUCUCCUCCUGGAGGUUGUGGGAGCAGACCACGAACAGGAAGAGGAGGACCUGGAAAAAGUCUGGGCAUGAACAUGAAGUUUGUGUGCGCUCAGUGCUGGCGCGAUGGACAGAUCAGUGAGCCGGACAAAUGCCUGAAAUACUGCACAUCCAAAGCUAGGCACACGUGGAUUAAAGAGAGACGGGUGCUGCUGGUGAAGUCUGUGGAAAGGAAUAAAUGGGUUCAGGUCCGAGCGCUGCCACACGCCAAGAGCGCACCUGCACACUAUGACUUAUGUGCACAUAUUUUGGAGAAAAGGAAAUGCACCUACCCUGGGAAUUGCACCUUUGCUCACAGUCAAGAGGAGAAGGAUAUGUGGAUGUAUAUGAAGAAUAAUGAUUUGAGGGACAUGCAGCAGAUGUACGACAUGUGGUUGGCACUAACCAACCCUAACCGCCAAGCAGGGGAAACUGCACUCCCUCAACCGGUCCAAGAAGAGAAAUUUAUCGUCAUGCCAGCUGACGACGCUGAACCAAUGAGCGGCCUCCACUGCCGGCUGUGCGGUAAGCACAGUAACAGCGAGCGACAGUGGCAGCAGCACAUCUCUUCGGAGAAGCACAAGGACCGUGUUUUCAGCUGUGAGGGAGAAGAGGAGGACCUGAUGUGGUGCUACCGUUUCCCGGGCGCAUGCUUUGAACUCUGCUCCAAAUUGGGUGACAGCUGUCCUGAUGGCGUGAGUUGUGACUAUGCUCACUGUCUGGAGGAGCUGCAGGAGUGGAUAGAGAGGCGGGACCUCCUUCGACGGAAGCUGACCAGAGCCAGGGAAGAUAUGCUAAUCAUGCCUGAUGAACACGACUUUGGGAAGUACAACUUUCUACUUCAGGACUGAUGUGAAUGCCAUUUUGUUUGGAGAGUUUUCUAUGAAAAAACCAGGAGCUCAUAAAAACAGGUGUAUAUAUAAUUUGCCAAAGAAGACUUGUAUGAUCAAGAACAUGGAAGUGAAGUCCAAGACAUUUUAUAUACUUCAAUAUUCUCCUUAUAAUGAAUGGGAAGGUUUAGCACACUUCUUUAUACUGUCCAGUGAAACUUCACCACAGAUGAUAAAAUAUUAAGACCACAUUUAUUCUGCUCCUA